CGGAAGGUUUGGUGAUGCUCACUUCAUUACAGCAGUGAGAAGACCCAGGUAAUUUACUCCACUCUGAUCCGGGAUUCAUCAUACAUUUCUGUAACUUAUUGAUCAUAUCAAUAGGAAAGGUACUAUUUUACUAUCAUCAGGUAUGGGUUGAAAUCGUUAGUGUAUAUGUUGAGUACUCUCACCUGUCACUGUUCACUGCUGUUACUCAAAUCAAAACUACUGAUUGGCUACGACCUCUAUUUUACCAUUGUUAUACAUUAUAAAUGAUUAAACUUUAUUUAACAAUAGUUUUCUAGGAAUGGCCUCUGCGACAUCGUGGUCUCAGGAGGACUUCUCCUGUUCCAUCUGUCUGGAUGUGUUCAACAGCCCAGUUACCACAUCAUGUGGACACAACUUCUGCAGAACCUGUAUUACAGUGUUCUGGGAUGACAUGGUCCAGUACAAAUGUCCUGUCUGCAACGAGCUGUUCCACACAAGACCUGUUUUACGGGUUAAUACCCUCAUAUCAGGGAUGGUUGAUCAGUUUAGAAGUUCUGUACGAGUCAAAGAGCAGCCUUGCGUUGAACCCGGAGAAGUUCCUUGUGACGUCUGUACUGGGACCCAGCUGAAGGCAGUGAAGACCUGCCUGGUGUGUCUUAUCUCUUACUGCCAAGCCCACCUGGAGCCACAUCAGAGAGUCGCAGGCCUGAAGAAACAUCAGCUGGUCGAGCCUUUAGACCGUCUGGAAGACAGGAUGUGUAAGAAACACGACCGACUUCUGGAGCUCUUCUGCCAGACUGACCAGGUGUAUGUGUGUCAGUUCUGCACAGUGACAGACCACAAGUCACAUCCUGUUGUACCUCUGAAGGAGGAAUAUGAAGUGAAGACGGCCCAGCCGGGGAAGAUAGAGGCUGAACUUCAGCAGAUGAUCAAGGAGAGACAACGAAAGAUUAAAGACAUCAUAGACACGGUGGACCACAGCAAAGCAGACGCAGACAGAGAGAUAGCCGAUGGUGUGCAGGUCCUCACUGCUCUGAGGCGCUCUGUUGAAAAGUGUCUGGAUGAUCACAACAAAACGGUUCAAGAGAAACUGAAAUCCACAGAGAAAGAAGCUGAAGGCCUCAUCAAAGAGCUGGAGCAGGAAAUAAAAGAUCUGACCAAUAGAAGCUCAGAGGUGAAGCAGUUCACCUAAACUGAAGACCACCUCCACCUCCUCCAGACCUUCAGAUCCCUGAAGGAUCCUCCACCCACCAGGGACUGGACGACGGUGGAGGUCCGUCCUCCAUCAUACGUUGGGACCUUGAGGAGAGCCCUGGAUCAGCUGGAGGAGACACUGAACAUGGAGGUGAAGAAGGUGCCUGACCUGAGAUCAGUUCCACACAAGUAUGCCUGUGACCUCACACUGGACCCCAACACGGCCGGCAGACGACUCUCUCUGUCUGAGGACAACAGGAAGGUGAGGUGGGUUAGAGAGGACCAGUCGUAUCCGGAUCACCCAGACAGAUUUGACUCCUGGUCCCAGGUGUUGGGUAGAGAGGCUCUGACUGGCCGCUGUUACUGGGAGGUAGAGAGGGAAGGACUGGUUGGUAUAGGAGUGACAUACAGAGGAAUCACAAGGAGAGGAAGGGGUGGUGACAGCAGGCUUGGAGGGAACAACAAGUCCUGGAGUCUUCAUUGUUAUGAUGGUGGUUACUAUGCCUGGUACAACGGUAUAGAGACAGUCCUCCCUCUCCGCCCCGCUGGCUCCACCAGAGUAGGAGUGUAUCUGGACCGGCCUGCUGGCUCUCUGUCCUUCUACAGAGUGUCCCCAGGUGGAGGAGGGUCCUCAGACACACUGACACACCUCCACACCUUCUGGUCCUCCUUCACCCAGGAGGACCUCCUCCCGGGGGUGGGGGUAG